GUCGCACUGUACAAAUGCGUGGUUGCAAGAGAAAAUUUUCCAAUAUGGCGUCCACAGUGCAGUGAUUUGUUAUUGCUCGUGGAAGUCGCUGUAAGAGCUUACUGUGCAGGUUUUCGUAAAUUUUACGCUGAUAAUGAUUAAAAGUCCUAGGAAGAUGAACAAUCAUCGUGGACAGCUAAGAACUCGCCCAUAUCCGCUUACGACUAAAUCUACAGGAGGUAGCCGCGUCGCAAUUUCGAGUAAUCGGUGUACAGUUGUAUCCGAAGCAAACGCUGAUCAAGAAAUAGCUCUGCGUAAUCAAAUUCAUAUGGAGAUCGAGAAAAAAUCCAAAGUAUGUUCCAAUCUCACGUACGACUGUACGUUACCUCGGUUGGAGCAAUACAAUUAUUGCAAACGGCACAUUCUGCAAGAUUCCAGAGCCCCAUACAAGCAGUGUGCAUUUUUCUUUGCGUCCAACGGCAAACGCUGUCAGGAACCAGCCCCCAAGUAUGACAAUAAAAAGGAUUACGGUACAAAUUACUGCUUCGAACAUAGCCGUUUGACGCAGCUGACGAAAACUAAAUCUACGAUCGGCAAACACACACCAAUUGAAACCACAGAGACAUUACUUCAUAAUCUUACCCACCACGUGAAAGUGGAUAAGUCUAAACAGCACCAGUUUGCGAAUUGCUCUGCUCUUAAAAUAUCUGUUCACGAUGACGAAGAAGACGGAGACGUAGAUGUGGUCACACCGUCUGUCGAUCCGUAUGUUGAUAUCGACGUAGCCAUAAUCAACGAAUCCGGCCGUGUUGUAUUGGACUAUGCAUCUGAAAGUAGUUCCGAAGAAGAUGUUACUACACUUGGAAAUACAUGGCACGGCUAUGAAAUGGAUAACUCCGAUAACGAAAGUGUGGAUUCCCAAAAUGAGGAUCUACUCAAACACGCUGGGAUUUAUACUGCCGAAGAAGCAACAUUGAUUACCAAGGAGAAGCUGAUAAGACUACAAGCACUUUAUAUCGAUCAAUUCCAUCGUCUUCAACAUGUGUUAAAGGAAAAACGAAGGCGGUAUCUUCAUGAGUUACGCCGAGAGCAAGAACAAUAUUGUAGUAUUCAUGAUCAGGUUAAAGACACACCGAGAGAACGAUUAAUGUACGAAAAGUUGAAGGCUUUAAAUCAUUACCAUAAUAAACAGGGUAUGGAAGCUAUUUUACAUAGGAAAUACUUGGAAAAACGGGCCAAAGCAACUGAAGGUUUACAGCAAAAGGUUCCAUCGUAUCCAAAAUGUGCAUUCACAGAAGGAGGAGUAAAAUGUGGAGAAAGGACACUGCCUUGCUGUAAAUUCUGUCGAAAACAUAUUCUGGAGGAUAAAAAACAGGUACUGUUCAAAUUUUGCGGAGUAGAAAAAAGUGGAGUCGUGUGUCAGGAACCGCUGGCAAAUAUUUUUGAGAAUUCAACCUGUUAUUUACAUGUGGAGCUUCCUGCCCAAAAAACAUUCACAAAGAAAAAAUUUGAAUCGGAAUCCGAAGGCGAAGAAGAAUUUCCCCCUGAGAUCAAACAGGAAGUGCUCGAUAAUUCGGUGAAGGGCCAGAAAAAUUCACCUUCUCAAACGUCCAGCACAACGACCACCGCAGCUGAAGGAGAUGAUCAGGAUUUGUCUAACGAGCCACCGAUCGUAGAACAUAACAUUACUAUAGUACACGACAGUGACCCAGGUAAUCUUGAGGAUUCGCUUCCAAUUUGCGUUAUACCUAAGCCAGUACCGAUUAAAGACACUCAUCGGGAAAUUAAAACCGACAAUGACGAGGAUAAACAGAAAUCGGUGAUUUUAGAUGAAACUGAAAAAAAGGACACUGAAUCCUCAGAUCAUAGCCAGUAAUCCGGUUAUCUCCUGUUGAAUGCACUCCAUACUUUUAAUUCCUAGCGAGAAAACAGCACAGGAAAAGGUUAGAGUAAAAUGUGUUAAAGUUUUACUAACAUGACGUAAGUUUUGUUAUUUUCAAUAUCAAAGAAAAUAAAUUCAUAAUGUAAUUCGUAAA